AUGCACCUCAGGCAUCUCGUAUCCUUCACGAUUCCUCUCAUUAUCUUGCUCUUCAGGGCUGUACAUUCGAUACCCGGUGCACAUGCGGUGCCUAUCGACUCGGAGGCGAUCAUUUUUCGGGAACCCAACUGGAAUACUCGGGAUAAUGGCGGAAAUGUAGUCCCAGUUCCAGAGGUUGUGGGUUCGACCAUCAACGUUGAUCUACACGCUCGAUUCAUCCACAACCCACCUCUCCACCGUCUCCGUCAAGACAUCAUCAAGAUAUUCUGUACUAACACCAAACCCUCCACUACUCCUCCUCCACCUCCAAAUUCCCUAAUCACUCUCCAAGAGGACAUUACCAAAUUCGUCACUGCAGCGAAAAGCGCUAUGGGUCUCAAAGGUCUCGGGGAUCCGAAAGUGGAGUUUACUAAUCCGGAAAAGUGCGUGUUUGUAUCGAUGGAGGCGCCGGUGGAGUAUACUGUGCAGGUGGAGGGGCACACGAACUGUGCCGAGAGGGAGACGAGCUUUUGCAGGGGAACAAUGUAUCAGAGGGCUGGGAAAGCGACGAUCAAGGCUGAGAAUAACACACUGCUUUAUCCGCCGCCGCUGGCGAAGUAG